CGUCAGUCAAGUUUUGGUUUUGCUUAGGCACGCCGUGCCAUGACCUGUUGAACCAAUGGUCGGAGCAUUUGGAGAUGUCCAGAAGCUCGAGCUUCAAUUCCAAGAAGGUGAGGUCUUAGAAAUUUUGUCGCCACGUCAGGCUCACCUUAGUCACUCAGAUUGGUGUGACCCACAAACCUUCCAAUUGGAUGCACGCAGCUUGAAGUUGAAGAACACUUCCUUGGGCGAAAACGACUCCGGCAAGUUGUUGAAGGAGUGCUUGGACUAUUGCAGUCAUGCAUGGCCAUCCCAAGAGACCUACGAUUCUCUUCUUUCAAAACUCUCUCUGAAUCCAGAUUCUCGUGCAGAACCUGAUCCUACAGAUUUAUCAGCAAUUGCUUUCUCGGAUGGAUCAGACUGCGAAUCAGAGGUGCCACCGGAUUCGGAUUCCAAGGUGAAGGUGGAACAAGAUCUUCAGCCCAAGCUCACUGUGCAAUCUUCAGCUCUCAAUCCAAAACUCACAUCAAAGCAGGCAAAGCUGGUUCAUAUGCAGCGAAUGCUCCACAGGGACAUAGAGAAAAAGCGUCAGAAAGACAAAGCGGAGGUAGCUGCGGAUCUCGAAUGCGAAGUUGAAUGCAAUGAAGGGUCAGGAAAGUACCUUGAUUACACAGAGGAACCAUCACCGGAUUCCAACGAGGACUGGUCAACCAGCAUCACACGGAAGCACCGACGGGAAGUUGGUCUGAAGAAGCUGAAGACUGAGGAGUUGAAGCUCUUGCGAUCGAACUUUGGCAAGGUUAUGAAAGAAGUGGAGAGACCAGUGACGAGCUCAAUGGACAAGCAGCCGAGAGAACCCGACUUUGCCACCGGAGAUCCUGGUCCAACUCCCAAAACGACUCGGAACCCAAAUGAGUCAGAAAAAGAGGAGCUGCUACCUGAAGUGGCAAGCAUUCGACAUCUCAAUGGGAGUGAGUGCAGGAAGCUCCUACAACAGAUGAGACCUCUCGUUCAUGCUCCGUUGGCAAUUUACAAAGCUUUAGCGAGAAGAGCCUUGGAUGACUACAGCAAAAGCAAGCCGCGUACAUUCCACGAUUGUCGUCGAAUGACCUUUUGGCAGUUUGGGCCCGAGAAGGAGCGACGUCGAGUUGAUUGCUAUGCUGGCAAAGCCUUUUUUGACUUUUUAACCGAUGAGAAAGAAGGACUCCUGAGCAGGCUGCCAGAGAUUCACCCGAUCGCAGCAGUCUAUUUGUUGCAAACUCUUUUGGAAUCACGCAACGUGAUAGCCAGUCUUUUCCAAGAGGUUGGAAGAUAUGUGGCAGAGAACAUCUCUACCUUAGAUCGAGAUUCUCUUGGGCGACUGGUCUAUGUUUUUGCCAAGGCGCAGGUCAAGAAUCCAGGCCUGUUCAGCGUGGUGAAGCAGGAAUGUUUGCGGCGAUGCAAAUUCAAAGAGGGAGAACGUAGCCUUUCUCCCAAGGUGAUCACCGACAUCGUGGUGGCCUUUGCAAGUGCCAAGAUCGUUGACGAGGAUUUGUUUGAGGCUCUCAUGCUGCGGGCAGUGUCACUGAUGGACAUAGACUUGCAGCAGGAGCUUUCGCCUGAAGUCUGUGCUCCCCUCACCAGCUUCUCCGGCAAAGUGCCUGCCACUCCAUUCUUGCUGCAGGACCUGGUUCAGCUCUGUCGAUCCUUCUUGGACCUGCAGCGGGUUGACCAAGAGUUCUUCAACGAUGUGUCCAUCUAUGUGGUAGCGGCCCUGCAAUCGCCUAACACAAAGUUGGUCGAUUGGUUUGUGGGGAAUCCAACUUUGACUCUGCCCAGCAUGGCCAACAUCUUCGUGAAGGCUCGUCUUUUCCAAUCGGAUUUCUUCAGCACUCUCAAGAUGGUGGCGACGCGAAGAAAGGAGGAGAUUCAGCCUGAAGGCUUCCAACAGCUUCAGCAGGCUUUGCUCACGCAAAGACGAGAAGAGGAGAAGCUGGAACGGAGAAAGCGGCAGCCACCAGAGAGGCGACGUGGAGCUAUGGGCCGUGCUGUGGUGGAGCCUCAAGCCGCAAUCUCGACCCUGUCACGCCGGGAGAAGGCGCGUCAGCAGCGUGCACGGCUGGCUGCCAUGAGCGAAGAGGAGGUGGCCAAAGAGGUGGAGGAAAGUGAGAAACAUGCAGGACUCAGUGCUUCCGCCAAAGUUUUGCUGAGUGGCUUCAAGGUUGAAGCCAUUUUGGAAGCACAGGAAGGUCCCAAGGAGGUGAAGCGCACCAAAAGCGAAGUCAUGGAAGCGUCAACGGCGAUCAGCAUUCGGUCUUUGGUGAAGGGCAAGAAGGCCAGGAAUGAAGAGGUGAGUGCUUCAGCCAAGGCCGAAUUGCGAAAACAUUCCAGGUCGAGGCGGUGAGCCGAUGAGGUGAGAGAGGGGGACAAUCGGAGUUGGUGAUCCGAGGAGUUGGUGAUCCUUUUUGUUCUUCCGCUUCGAAGAGAAUCACACGCGUGGUAUGCCGAAAGAAACGGCGCGUGGUAGUUCGGAUUCCCUUCCGUCGUAGCUGACGUGCGAGAAUA